CGACACGGGACGUUGUUUUCCUAUACGUUUUAUGUCAUCUUUGUUCGAACCGAUUGUGUGUGCUUAACAAUCGAUUAUUUUUGCUCGAUUUUUGUAUCGAUUUCUCAGCGUUUAAACGUCGCCUCGAUUUAGCGAAGUUUCCGCUUUUCGGGCAUAUAUUUUUUUUUAUUCGUCCGUACGUUCGAUUUUAACGCGCGCUCGGGUCGAAAUCGAGUCUGGCCAAUCAGGCCCGCAGGAGAUUUCCCGACGCUGACGUCACGGGAGCGUGCUGCAGCAGGAGAGAGCAUCUCUUCGGCGUUAACGAUCCUGGGCGGCUGCGAUCCGCGUUGCCGCUAUCGAAUGGAAAAAAAAGGGAAAGUUCCUUUGAUCCUGCUGCAUACCGGAUCCUUUGCCAUUUGCGCUGCUCCUUUUUCCUGCCACUUAACGGGGCAUGCGGGAAUUCGAAAAUGCAACUUUUUUUACUAUUUUCUUCGAGUUGAAACUCGUUGUCGGUAUAGUAAAAAACGUUGGGAAAAACUUGCAGUUUUUUAAUCAAAUUAUCUCUUUAAAAAGAAACGGUAAUCCAAAAUGCGUUAUGCUCGAUAAUAUUUAAAUAGCAGGGAAUUAUUAUCGAGUUGCAUAUUGCACGUUACAUUUGGCAUCGUCGCGUGCCCGUGUGUUUCGCAAAAGCGCCGCGACGCUCGCCAGUCGAACGGGAUCUCGCGAUUCGACCUGUUGGUCGGGAUUCCGCUGCUUGUUGUUGGGAAACGGAAUGCGUUUUGUGUAAAUAAAUGAAUCGCAAAGGGCGCGAAUCGGUGGCGGAAAGUCGACGAAUUCGCUUCGGGAACGUCGGAAUCGAUAAUAUCCUCCGGGGUCGGGACGGUACUAUUCCGGGCGGUGGUUCGUUUGGCGUGGAAGUUUGUCGAAAAGGGCCAGGGACCUCCGAGACCUUGAAUGUUCCAGGGCCUUAUGUAAUCGUUGCGAUUUAGUUUUGAUUUUUUUUUUUUCAUUUUCGGUUAAAUUAUUGCGCGAUUUAUUGAUUAAAAAAAUUGUUGUUACCUACCUGGCCUUGUUUACCUAAUUUCGUAUAUUAUAAAUACAUAAAUAUAUGAUUACUGUGCUAAUUCUACUAACUACUGCGACCUUAAUACGAAACAAUCGAAGCAUACACGAUUUAUUAAGGGCGUUUGUCGCUAGAUAAGGGUUGAAAUGCUCUAAUGAUUUACGAUCGGAAUCCUUAUCAAUUGAAUCGUAUUAGCGACAGGAUUGUACGUAUUCCGUACCCAUUGAAGUAGAUAACGAAUAUCAUAUAUGAAUCGUAAUUAGCAAAUAAACGGUUAUUCGAUCGUGUCUCGUUAAUCAUGCCGUAAUCGAAUCGAAUACCACAGUUUGUGAUAAAAAAAGACAAUAAAUCGGUAAGCGUCGAGUCGAUAAUAAAAUAGGCGACGUAGGGAUGAGCGGCGUCGGUUUCCUGGUGAAAUCGCUGACGCCGGGCGGGCGUCGCCGUCGGCGUCGUUGCGAGAAGCAGCAACACAAGCUCGAGUUGCCCGUGUCGGGCGGCGCCGGCCAUCAACAACAGCCGGACAUCGUGCCCCAAUGGGACACGGUCGUGCCCAUCACGCCGCCGGCGGCCUUCUUGCCGCCAGGCUAUAAGAAGCGACCCUCGUUUAAGGAGCCGAAAAAAGAAAAGACUGAUGGAGCGUCGCAGAACGGCGCUCUCUCUCCGAACGGCGAUACGCCCUCGCACGUCACCCAACCGCCCGGAAUGGAAUCGGGCAAACCGGAGCGCCCGAGCACCCUCGGCCACGGCAAGCUCACCAGGAGGCUGCUCUUCUACCACAGCGAACACUUCGCCGACGGGCAGCAGGCGCCGGGCGGCACGCCGCCCCCGCAGGAGAAGCACCUGCACAACAUACCCCCGCCGCAAAUACCGAUGGGCGUGCCGUCGUUCAUGCUGUCGGAGCUGCCCGAACCGCCCAUACACGUGUCGGAAAUCGGCCCGAUACCGCCGCCGCCGAUGUUCAGCUCGCCCAGCCCCGUGCCCAAUCGACUGUCGCCGCCGCCCAACCACCACAACUACGAUUACGACGAUAACGAAGAGGACGACGACGACGACGACGUGGACUACGACGACGAUCAAUAUUACCGCAUGCCGCAGCCGGAUCCGAUGAUCGACACGAACCGCAUCGACGAGAUACCGGCCAAGGAGCCCAAGUUCCACGCCGUGCCGCUCAAAUCGGCGCUGAAGAAGAAACCGAACAGCGGCCCGGCCACGCCGCAGGGCACCCCGACGCAGGAGAACCGGCCGCUGACGAUGAGACAGCAGGAGUACAAUUCCAGUUUCAACAGCGGAAAACCGGUAAGGUUCGGUUUGCCCACAACCAUCGAGAACAAAGAAAACACCAGGCCCUACAACAUCAGAGAGGACGAGAGCGACAGCGACUCCAACGACGGACCGAUCCAGUACAGGGACGACGACGCGUCCAUGUCGGAGGAGAAACGGCUGGCCAUCAAGCUGGCCAGGAAGGAGAGCCUGUCGUUGAAGUUGGCCCUCAGACCGGACCGGCAGGAGCUCAUCAACAGGAACAUCCUGCAAAUCCAGUCGGAGAACGAGCGACAGGAGGCCAAAGAGGCGAUCGGCGCCAAGUUGAUCAGGCGAUUGAGCAUGCGGCCCAGCCAAGAGGAACUCGAGGAAAGGAACAUAUUAAAAAAGCAAAGUCCCGCCGAGGAGAAGAAGCAAAAGGAGGAGAAGAAGCGGUUCCUGUUGCGCAAGCUGAGCUUCAGGCCGACCGUGGAGGAGCUGAAAGAGAAGAAGAUCAUCCGGUUCAAUGACUACAUCGAGGUGACGCAGGCGCACGAUUACGACCGCAGGGCGGACAAGCCGUGGACGAGGCUGACGCCCAAAGAUAAGGCGGCCAUCAGGAAGGAGCUGAACGAGUUCAAGAGCUCGGAGAUGUCGGUGCACGAGGACAGCCGGCAUUUGACUAGAAUACAUAAAGUCCGGACGAAAUUAAUCGUGAAACGUAAAAAGCGAAGCAUCGAAGGGGGCGUUUGCCCGAAUAUGCAAAAUUAUUUAAUGUACAACGUGCUAGCGCAAAAGAAAAAAAUACCGGCUAAAUUGGAAGUAAACGUGACGUAUAUAGACGAGUGGUAGAGAUUUUUGAAUUCCAUAGGCCUUGACGAUUGCAAGGCGUACUAGAAGAAAAGAAAAUUACUGUGAUGGGUGUAGUUGUAGUAAUAAUUCCCAUAUUCGCUUAUUAUUAAACAUACAAAUGAAUAAAAGACUAAAAGUUAGAUCGAAGGAAAAAAUGUGUAGUUGAUUUUGUACAUAAGUGAUUUUUUAUUAUACGCCGAGUUUCGAUUAAAUUGCAUUGCGAUUUAUUAAUUUCUAUAAAUAGCGAUUGUAUAUUUGUUUUUUUUUUUAAUAUUCUUAUUGUUUCUUUUAAUUGAUGAACCACAUGUUAUAUUGUACAUACAUAGUGCUAUAUAUAUUAUAUAUAUACAUAUUAGAAAUUAGUUCAUACCGAAGCAUCACGAUGAAAUUGUGUCCACUUUUACGCCAUUGCACUACGCUGAAUAUUAAUAUCAAAACAUUGUAUGUCUAUUAAUGCCUGGCGUAACGGAGGCACAAUUGAUGAAAUGCGGAUUUUAAAGUUGUAAAUUUUUUGAUAAAUUUUUAUUAAUUUUAGUGGCAACAAACGUAAGAUUCGUUUCCUUUUGAUGUUGUAACUUAUCAAAAUUAUAUUUAUGUGAUACGUCGAGCUACCGCCGCUCAUUUAUAGCUAAUUGUAAGAAUAGCGCUCGUGCGAACUUCGAUUGUCGAUUGAAAAACGAUGAUAUUCGACUUUUAUAAGCAUUUUGUAAAUUAGUUUGAAUAGGAUGAACAAUGUAACUGUGUAACGGAGCGAUUUGUAUUUAUUUGCGAAUCGAAAAGUGCAAUAAACAUUAAUUAUCUAACAGUAUAUAAUCAUUUACAAUGUACUAGUUAGAGAUUUACACUGAAUACGAUCGAAGUUCGUACGAUGUAGAACAUGAAAAAUAAUCAAUUUAAGAAUCUUAAGUGUUAUAUUUAUAUUUUCUGAAUUUAUUUUUAAUCGCGGCAAAAUUUUAUGUCAAUUUUAUUUAGAUGAUACGUUGUUAAUUGACUUAUUUUUUUAAAUAUUUAUUUUAAUAAAUCAUAUCUUUUAGAACGAAAAAAAAACUAUUGAACAUUCUCGAACUUCAAUUGUUGAACAGAGAAAUUUUUAAGCUAUUUGUUAAUCACUUGAAUGAACCAUUAAAUUGUUGCCAAGAAUAAUUAGAUUUAAGUCGUUUCUCUUUUAAUAUGAAGGAAUUUCAUAUUUAGGCUCAUUGAUGUUUCCUUUUAUUGUGUAACUCUUUUAUUUUAUCGAUUAAAACGAGAUGUGUAUAUUGUUGAUGUGAAGCGGUUUUUUAUGAAAUCAGUUAUAAUGAAAAGAUCGAUAUAUCGAUGAUGUACCUUUUAUUAUUUCAGUAUUACUGGAAAUAAAUUCGAGAAAGGAAACCAAA